UCUUUCGAGGGAAGCAAGAAGAGAUGCUAUAGAAUUACUGGGCCAUUGUGAGAGGAAACCUUCAUUUGCUUCGCCGUUUCGAAGGCGAGGUGGAGAACACAGCGAUGGCCCCGGUGCCGGCGAGCGUCGUCAGGCAAGCCGAGCUCCUCGACGCAAACGGCAAGAAAUACUUCGAGAAAAGACGCUUUCUUGCUGCCGUUGACGCCCACACCGAGGCAAUUACUCUCUGCCCGGACGUGGCAUUAUACUGGGCAAACCGAGCAAUCUGCUAUAGGAAGCUGAACCAGUGGACUAAGGUUGAAGCCGAUUCUAGGAAAGCACUUGAGCUUGACAGUAGAUCCACCAAGGCUCACUUUAUGUUGGGACUCACACUAGUAGAGAGGCAGGAAUAUGCUGAAGGAAUCAAAGAAUUGGAAAAGGCCUUGAAUAUUGAGGGGCUCAUCAACCCUAAAAGUGAUAUGGUGAUGGAGAUUAAGCAGAGUCUUUUUGAAGCAAAGUACAAUGAAUGGGAACUUUUGUCCAGCAAGCGUGAGUGGAUGCUACAAAACUUGAAGGACUCUUGUGAAAAAGCUUUGACGGAGUACCAUUUUCUUCAUGAUUCUCAAGAUGAUUAUGGCCCUAAAGAGGCAGAAAAUGAUGUUGUUGGACAACUCAGAGUCCUCAAUGAGGUGUUUAGUAAAACUGCAUCUGUUGACACCCCAACAGAAGUGCCUGACUAUCUUUGCUGUAAGAUUACACUUAACAUCUUUCAGGAUCCUGUGAUUGCUCCUAGUGGCAUUACAUAUGAAAGGGCAAUGAUAAUUAAGCAUCUACAGAAGGUUGGUAACUUUGACCCAAUCACACGAGAACCACUGGAACAACACCAAUUGGUACCAAACCUGGCCAUCAAGGAAGCGGUGCAAGCUUAUCUGAAUGAUCAUCCUUGGGCUUAUGGUGCAAGACUAUAGAAUAUAUCACAUGAUGUUGAAAAAUCAUGGAGUUGUCAAUCUUGAUGGACAUGAGCAUCUUCUCCAUCUUAGCUCUGUGUGUUUGAUGCUACCAUUAGUUUCACUCUGCCAGGAUAGUGUUCAGUUUUUUCCUUCUUACUAGUUAGGAAUCGCUUUUUCUGGGAUAUUCUUGUAUAAAGAUUUGGCUGUUAGUUUCUGGUAUGCGGUCUGGUGUUAAAAUGUGUUUUUGGUCAUAUAUAUAAAUAUUUUGUAGAUAUGGCCAGUGAGAAAGGUGGCCACUCAUCUUUUUGUUACUAAUAAUUGUGGGGAGUAGUCUAGUAUAUGAAAUAGUGCUAGGUAAACAAUGCUAAACUUGCAUGAUUGUUGAGAUAUUAAAAUUUAUGCUACAAAAAAUAUAUUUUUAUGAUCCGGCCAGUGAUAAUGGUGGCCUCUCACUUUUAUGUUACUGAAAAUUAAGGGGAGCAGUCUGUAUAUGCAGUAGUGCUAGGUAAACCAUAUGCUAAACUUGCUUGUUUGAUGAGGUAAUGAAAUUUGUGUUUAUGAAUUUAUUUAAUAGAAAGCCUGUCCUCUCAUCUGAACAUGUAGACAAGGGACAAGCUCUCGAAGUAUUUGCAAAGGAUGGCAAUUGUCUGAAUCAUGCAAUCGGUUUGGAAACUGUACUAUUAUGCUAAAUUGGUAGGAGACACUUAUUGUUAUUUCUAAAAUUUGUCGCUUAUUCUAGCAGUUUUGGCAUUCACCAAUAUACUGCUAGUUCAUAUAAACUUUCAGCACAUGGCUAUGAGUGUGGUUGCACAUUGAUCAUUUUCUUCUUUAAUAAGGGAAGCUUGAUAUGAACGCCUCCUGUCUUCCCUAUUUCUUAUGGAUGGGUCACAAGUUGUCUUGGUGUUGGUAAUGUGUUCUAUGUAGUUUGAAGAUUUCCAACAAUGGUGUCAAUUGGGAUAAACGUGCUUUAAACAAUUAUUCAUGCAAACUAUUUUUACCCUUUGAUAUCUUCAAAGAUAGAGCAUCCCUUAUGGAAGGGUGGAAGCUUUGUUAUGCAUUUAUUUUGUCAUACCCUCAUGCCUUGACUUCAGCAUUAUGACCAAAAGACUAAACAAGUAUCCAUCUUUGUGAGUAGCUGAGUCAGUGGGUUUAAGUGGGCUUGUAAGGAUCUUAUAUCCUAUUUUUGAUUUAGGAUUAUUAUUGAAACCUUGUGCCUUAUCUUGCAAAGUUUGAUAUUGCGGGGAUCCGAUGUUUCCUUUAGAAAAAACUAUGAGUAAGGUCAGUAAUCUGUACUUCCCGAGGAACUGAAAUCAACAAGGAUCAAUGCAAAGAAUUAUUUUUUGAAAAUUUGUAAACAAUUGAACUACACAAACACUUCAUUGCUAGGUUUCUAUAUUUAAAUGCUUGUGACUCAGCAAUUGUCUAGAAAUACUAAGUGGAUCUUGACUAUGAUCUCCAUGGACUCAUUGUGAUGACCAAUUAAUUAUUCACAAGCUUUUCUUUUAUGAAAUGAUUUACAAUUGCAGCUCAUGAUAGUGUGCCUUUUGAACUCAUUGGAUUUCUUGACAUUUAUAUUUCUUUUUGCAAUAUUUCCUAAAUAUUGACUUCUUCCAACAGUUCAAUUUGCUUGUUGAGGAACAAGAAAGUUUUUACUUUUGAGCUGCAACUAUCAGCAUUCAUUUCUUGCAAACAAGAAAAUGAAGGAAUAAAGGCAUUUUUAUUGGAGCUAUAGUUUGAGUGAACAACUGAACCUUAGUGUUCUGAUAUAUUUCCUUGGUCCUUGGAAAUGUUCCAUUAUUACUACUUGUUUGGUUAUCCAUGAAUUUGUACCUUUAUUUUGUUUUCUCUGUCACUCGUGGUUCUCAACCUUAUCACUUUUGUUAUAGGAACUGCACAGGUAUCCAUUUAUUAUUAUAAUUUUUUUUCAUGUUUAUUUUGUUUCUCUGCAAAUAUGCUAAAAUUUCUUCCUUGAGUGUGUUUAUUUUGUUUAUUUUGUUUCUCUGCAAAUAUGCUAAAUUCUUCCUUGAGUAUGUUGAUUUUGACUCUUCAUAUUUUAAAUGCAAAUUGGAGAUUCUGGGAGGAGUUAGUUCAGAAAAAUGAUGCAAAAUGGUAUGAACAAAGUACUGAUGGAUUGACAGCAUGCUGCAUAUGAUAGCUAAUAUCUGAAAUGAUUUUCUGCUUUAAAAUACUAUGAAUUGAUAUUAUAUAUACAAAAAAAAAUGCAAGCUGUAAGAUUUAAACUAUUUGGUGUUGGUUACAUUGUUUGAUAUUUAUGUGAAAAGAAAAGCACUUGAUGCAAUGCCAAUGAUGUGCUAACCAAAAGACAAUGAUAUGCAGCAGCUCCUCCAAAGAUCAGCCAUGUGCAGCAUUUUGAAUUUAUCAAAAAACAUUUCGAGGGCUUUGGCACGGACUCGUUCAUAUUGAGUUGGAUGACGGCAUGUCUCCCAUUUCUGCAUCAUUCAGCAAGCAGGCUUCGUGUUGCCAGGUUAGUAAUCAGGCAGACGGCAACCUAUUGACAGCAACUGCGCUUGUCUGAUUAGUUCUAGUUGUUUUGCUGGUAUUCACUGUCAUCAUACAGCUCCUCUCCAUCGAUAGCGCCCUGCCAUUGUUACCCAGAUGGAGAGUUCAUUCAACAACUCCAUAUACGAAGAUAAUGUGCAAGCCGGUCUUCUCGAUUGGGCUACCCAUGCAAAGAAGAACAAGAUAGUGCAAUCAGCAGACAGUGUGUCGAUAUUGCAAGAAACCGAGAUAACAUGGGGAGGGAGGAGAGCUGAGAUCACUGAAACAUAGCUUUUAUAUUUUCUCUAUGAAUCCAACUUUACUGCA